AUGUCUUCACCACCAAAACCAGGAAUCUAUACACCAAUUCCAACUUUUUUCAAGAGAUCUGAUGGUCACUCAAUUGACUAUUAUACACAGGUUGAACAUGCUAAGUUUUUGAGAAAAAAUGGAAUAGAAGGUUUACUUGUAAUGGGCUCAACUGGUGAACAAUCACACUUAACAAGAAAAGAAAGGGCUUCCGUCGUUAAAAAGCUUCACGAUGAAAUACCAGGAUAUACCUUACUCGCAGGUGUUGUUGCAAAUGCAUUACAGGAUGCUCUUGAUGAAAUUGAAUCUUUGAAAAACGCUGGUGCUUCAUAUGCUGUUGUUUUGCCCUCUUCAUACUUUGGACAAGAUAUUAAACAAGGAGGAAUAAUUGAGUGGUACACCAAACUAGCUGAUGAAUCAACUUUACCACUACUCAUAUAUGUAUUUCCAGGAGUUAGUAAUGGAAUUCAUGUUGACCCUGAUACGCUUGUUGAACUAUCCAAACACGCAAAUAUUGUUGGAACUAAAAUCAGCCAUGGGAAUGUUUCACACCAUGCACUUGUUGGAUUACAUGAAGAUAUAAUCUCUGGUAAAAAUAAAUUUAAUGUUUUCACAGGUUUGGGACAGCUUCUUUUACCAGUAUUAACUGUGGGUGCUAAAGGUACAAUUGACGCACUUAGUGGGGCUUUCCCAAAAUUGUACGUUGAUAUUUUCAAAGCAUAUGAAUCUGGUGAUUACGAUAAGGCCAGAUUAUUACAACUUGCAGCUUCUAGGGGUGAAGAGAUAAUUUCAAAAGUUGGUAUUCUUGGUAUUAAAAGGGCUAUUUAUGAGCAAGGAUUUGGUGAAACAUAUUUAGGAAGAGCUCCAUUAAGUCAAGAUUUCCCUACAGGAGCUUGGGAUGCUGUUGUUCCUUAUUUUGAAGCUGCUAAAGCCGCUGAUACCAGUAGUAAAUAG